CUAACUAGAAGCAUGUUACAAGUUAUCUGCUACUCUGCCCUCAAUAGUUGUAACCUCUAAUCAAUUUGAUAAUGAAGAUGGACACGAUAAUGUGAAUCCGAAUACAGUUAAUUGCACAACGAAACAUAUGUUACAAUUAUUGUGAUUUCUAUGAUGACAUUUGUAUAAAUGAGCAUCAUGGGGACGAGUGUGAAGCACUGUUCGACAAAUGUUUGAAGGACUGUUUCAAAUUUUUAUUAUCUGAUUAAAUGAUUGCGUAUAGGGGGUGCAGGGGAAAGGGGGAACCCCACACGGACUCUGGCGAGGAACACGUGUGCAUGCAACUUGCACACAUUCUGGCCCCUCCUACGAGAUCCGCCGGGUGGUACCUCUGCGUUCGACAGUCAGAGACCAUCUACCACCUACGGACAACCACAACAUCCAUAGCCAAAAGAAAAAUUUCUCUUGGGACGAGAUUCGAACCCGCACAGCGCACGGCGACUGAUCAGGAGACCGAAGAGUCUACUACUGCGGCCACCGCUGCUGCCUAAAUAUAAUAUAAUAAUAAUCAAUAGGCAUCCAGUUUUAAUUAUUUUAUUAGACAAUAAAUAAUUCACACAUUUUCGUACAAACAGGUACUAACUUUACAAAAUUUAUGGAAGAGUUCUGACUCAUUUUUAAUUUUUCUCUCCACUAAUAAGCUUUACAUGAUACUUG